UUUAGUAAAAUAAUCGCCUAUCCCCUAAUUUGACAUAAAAACAGUAGCUACAAAGUGCAUCAAACAAUAGAGUAGAUUUAGUUUUCCUAACUAAGCAGAACUCGGAGUAAAACACAAUAAAACCGACAGAUGCUGAAUAUCUUUUGUUAGGCAGAAGGUAGGUGUUUCUGCCGCACAUCUGGAUACAGUAUGAUGGAGAGAUGCAUUGUUUUACAGUAGCAAGAAGCAGUACAUUGAAAUGGAUGCAUUCAUUUCCUUGGAUUUGGCCUGAAAACAGCUAAAACAAACAGACAAGCCCUGCUUUUUUGUCCUGGACUUGAAGCAAAUGGCUCUGCAGGCACGGAUUUAAAUCUGUUGCAGGUUACAUCAGCCUUACGGCUGUUGUAAUAAUCACAAGUAAUUCUUUCCCUGGAUCGCAAACCAGCAACAGACUGGGUUUAAAGCUGUAUCCAAAGGGAUUUCCUUGACAAGGAAUAACUAUUUUAUACACUUCAUACAUGCCAGCGUGUACUUUGUGGUCAGCUAAAAUGUGUGUUUUUUGUUUUGUUUAUUUGUUUUUUAAGUUCAACGCGCCUUGUAGAAUGGAGUGUUUUUGGAGGAACUCGGGCUUGCUGCUAUGAUAGUAACAUCCAGAAUGGCACACAACUGAUUGGAGAGUGACUGGAUUCACAGAUUGAACACUCAGACUGGACCUACAUGACUAUUCAUGUACAGACUGAUCCAUCACAAAGCACUUUAGAAACACAAGCAGUCACCUAUACAUGCAGGUGCAGACUGAUAAUCACCUUUCUUUAAUCAUUAUUGGCUAUUAUCUGGGAAACGCUGUACAGUCAUGCAUUACCCUCCAUUAACUGGGAAACUGUGAUGCACACACUUCCAAUAAGCAAAAGAACACAACAAUUUGCAGAAUAAACCUUUGCAUUUUUAUGAAGUGCAAAAUCCACACCUUCAGAAAAGCCACUGUAAAGAAGUAUUAUUUGAAAAGGUUAAAUUGGAUGAAGGAACUAUGAACGAAGGAGCUGGGUGUGCGACUACAAAGGUUGUAGUAGAGAAAGGGUUCUGUUUUCAAAAUGUAAAUGCUGACACACCCACUGUCACUCAAGGGGGUGAUCAGUUAAGCAAGAGUGCUGUGUUGAAACAGGAGUCUAUUGAAAAUGUACCAGAAACGGAAACGCAAGAAACCCAGGCAAGCUGUCGACAGAGAUCCAGAGUGACCAGCAAAAUGUUAGGUAAUGUAAUUGACUCGGCUGUGAAGAGACAGCAGGACUUGGACACUGAGAAAUAUCAUAGGAGAAACACUGGCGGUGAACAAAAUAUAAACCAAAAGGCAUGGGCGAUUUUUCAGGAGAAUUCCGAUUUUCAAACUUUGCAAAUUACAUCACACGAUAGUCCGACAGGUGUGGGUGAACAUGAACUGUCCAGAACUUCUCAACUGGCGUCACUUGACCCAGCUGAAGGCCGGGAUAAUUCGAUUAGUAGGAAUGGAAUGAGAGGGGAAAGCAACGGCGGCGCACAGACUAAAGUGCCCUGUAGUCUGAGCCCUUCCUUAUGUUUUUCUGCCAUAACCAAAGACGAAACGGAAAGGAGCACUUCAUUAAGUAAAGAAACCCGAAUUGUUCAAAGUCAGUGUCAAAUUAAUAACGCCAAGGCUACGUUGGAGGAGGAGGGGACCUCAGCGCCUGUUACUUAUUGUGUCGAAAUAGGAACAGAGCCCAGAAAUGAGUUGGGUCAUUUGGUCAGUCCGGGGUACAGAAGUGAUCGGAGCGAAUUCGAAACAAUACGAGGAAAUACGAACCUGGAAACAACUCAAGGACGUUGGGAAAGUGGAAAUGGAGUCAGAAAUCUGUAUAGUUUCAAAGAGCCAGAUUUAGUGAUUGAAGUGGCUGGAAAGAAAAUCCGGGCGCACAAAUCCAUUCUAGCAGAGAAAAGUGACUAUUUCAAAGCACGUCUGUCAAGAGAUAUUCUGAAAGUGAAAGGGGUAAGUUAUACAACUUUAAAGGUUCUCAUAGAUUAUAUAUAUUCUUCCAGAAUGGAUGUUAACAAAGAGAAUGUGGUAGAGGUCAUUACCGGGGCUAAAAUUCUGCAAAUCUCCUGCGCAGUAGAGUCUGCAAUGAACACGAUGGCGGGUCAGAUAACGAUGGAGAACUGCUAUGAGAUUUUAACCAUAGCCAAAAAGCAAAGAUUAAAUGAGUUGAAAGACACAGCAUACAGAUUUAUGAGUGAUAACUUUCUGCAGAUUUUAAGGGAAUCUGCUGUAUAUGGACGUUUAACGGGAUCUGAGAGGGAUUUGAUUCUGAAAGCAAGAAUGGAAGGGAAAAAAUGCCUAAUGGUGGCUGAAAUAAACGAUGUUUACGACCGUGUCGGCAGCAGACCUCAAAGCAGAGAUAACAGCCGUCCACAGAGUCCAUUGUCUGUAGUUUCUUUUGAGGAAAAUCAUUUGAUUUAUUACUAUAAUGAAGCACUUAAAGACUGGAGACAAUUGACCCAGAUGCCAGAGGAGGUAAACACAAAGGGGUGUGGAAUUUGCACCAUGUACAACUAUCUUUUUAUAGCAGGUGGAAUAAGGGGACACGGCGACAAAGGGAAGCUUUCGGAUAAAGUGUUUUGCUACAACCCUUUUACUGAUAACUGGAGCGAAAUUAGACCACUAAAUCAACCUAGAUCUCAGCUGAAACUGGUCUCGGCGGAUGGCUAUCUGUAUGCAAUAGGGGGUGAAUGUCUGUUCACAGUGGAGAAGUACGAUCCUAGGAUCGACAGAUGGAGCCCUGUCGCCCCCCUGCCUAAAGGAGCAUUUGCAGUGGCGCAUGAAGCAACUACCUGCAACGGAGAGAUCUACGUUUCGGGAGGGUCUCUCUUUUAUCGCCUUCUCAAAUACGACCCGAAAAGAGACGAGUGGCAGGAAUGCCCGUACAACAACAGCAGAAAGAAAUCGACAGACAUGGUUGCUUUUAAAAAUUUUAUUUAUAGGUUUGACGUUAAUCGUGACCAGGGUGUCAAUGUAUUCAAAUACAACACCAUUGUGAAAUUGUGGAACGACAGCGCCUCUUUGAGACAGAGCAACCCGUUGCCUUUCAGAUGCGCAGUCAUAGGCAACUGCAUUUACUGUGUAAACAAAUCCCACACGCUGCAGUUUAUUGUGCAGGAGGACACCUCACAGUUUCGACCAGAAGAGCUUAAAGCUCCUUUUGAGGCUAAGGGGGUUCUCUUUCCCUUUAUGCUCAGCCUUCCUGAGAAGUCCGAUAAAACCACAUAAUGGUGUUGCGGUGUGGUACCAAGACAGUUUUAUACAGAAAUGUGAGCCAAUGUGUUGCAUUAUGUACUUUAACUUUGUGUAUUUUGGGUGGGGUGUAAUGUUUGUAACUUCAAUUUAAAUGUUGAAUGCUUCUUAUGCAUGCCGACUGAAGAACCGUCUUUGACAUGCAGGCGAUACAUUUCUGGAGUACAUUUCUUUAAUAACAGUUCCUUGGUUUAACGGAAUGCACUGUGACCCAUUAACUGACUUUACUAACUACAGAAUAUGUACAUUAUUGUUAUGUAAUCGUGUUUUGCUUCAUUGAUUUUUGUUGUUGUUCGUUUUUUACUUAGAUGGUAUUAGUUUUAAAACAGCAUUGAUCCUGCUUUGCUGGGGGGGGGGGAUCCUGACAUGUUCCAGUAGAGUAUGAAAAUCUUUCAUGUUUUAAGACGCACCUUAAUUGAUUCCAUUUCCAGAAAUGAAUUAUGCAAAUAUAACCUGUGAGAAAAAGGUUAUUAAACGUGAUGCCAGUAUAAGCUGAAGCUAUAAGUCACUUGGUCACAUCAUUAUGCUGCUGCUGAGAGAAGAAAAACUUCACCACAGAGUAACAAAACCUGUCAGACAGUAGGAUGCUAGCAAUGUUUCUCAAAGCAAAUGGCGGUUAUUUUAAACAGUUAGUAUAGACCUGCCAGAUUUCAGUGCAUUGCAUGUUUACCACAGUGAAUCGGCCCAAAGACUUUAUAGUCACCUUGUAUUUGGGAUAAUAGGCAACGUGACACAAAUAGAUUUUAUAAUCCUAAAAGCAGGGGUGAAAACUGCAUUACAGUAAUAUUGCUAAAAUGUCAUUUCAGAUGACGACAGAGGAGCAUAUUCAAAAAAGCAUUUCCCAGAGUUGUAAGCUCAUGUUAUUUUCUAAAAACAAAUAAAAAGGCUAAGAUGCUUCACAUAAAUAACCCAGGGGUUUCAAUAAAGUGGUUUCUUUUAGUUGUUUCUGGCUAGUUCUGUGACAUUAGCAUUUGUCUUUGUUCUUUUACAAAACAUGGUAGCAUGGUGGUAAAUGUUUUGUGACUAUGGCAAUUUCAUUUAUGUUACUAUUUUUUCUGUUGCCUUUUUUCUGUCUUUUUAGAGAGGUGGUAUUUCUUGCAAAAUAUGUAUUUUUGUGACAAACGGAGCACUUUUGCAGCUUCAAACAGAUAUUUCAAUAAAUAGCUUGUAUGUGCUUACCACCUUCAUAAGCUAGGGCUGCACCAAUAGAAUGAAAUAACCUCUUCAACACUAAAACUGAAUUUGUGUUUGUUUAAAAAAAACAAUAUUUAACUUUGCAGCUACAGUACAAAUCUUUAUCUUACCAGGUUGAACCAGAAAUGGAUUUAAAGACAUAUAACAAGUAUCUUUUUUCAGUAUGUAGCGAUUUAACUUUUGAAAGAAGUGUUAUGCUGAAAAUGUAUGUUGUUUUUUUGACAGUGGUAAAAUGUUACCACACUUAGCUGAAUUAUAUUGCAUUGUAAAUAAUUGCGUUUUGAGUUUUGGACUGAAUGUGUUGUAAAAAAAAAAAAAGUUUUAAAAACAGCUUUACUGACUGCACAGGCAAAUGCUUUGUAAUUGUCUAUUGUAUUUAUUAACAGUUAACAACAAUGGCUUUCAAACUGUUUGCUGCAAUAAAAUUGUAUGAAACUCCUUAUAGGCAUAUUCAUGCUUGUGAAUUGCUGAAAUAUUGAACCUUAUUUAACAAGAAUUAAGACAGCAAUGGUUGUGCUGAAGUUAAAUUUAUUUAAGUUAAUGAAUAGAUCUAUUUACUGUGGCAUGUUUUACUGUUAUAUUAUGUCCUUUAUUUUUCUUUGACAAAACAUUUCCCUGCAACAUAAAUCCCAUUAGUAUUCAGUAGGUGGGAUUUAAGGCACAGAACAGAAAAUUUAGACUAUUUCUUACUUUGUACCUAACAUGAUCAAAUUUCAACCUUUUUCUGGUGUCUAUAGGUAUUUUAAUGAACACAUAGAGCACAUGCCUAUGCUAUAAAUUUGAAUUGAAUGUGUUUUGGUAAGGAUUUCCUGGAUAUUUUGUCAGACCAGUUCUAGAAUUGGCCAUUUCAAAUAAAAAUAUAUAUUUCAAGUUCUCAAGUUUUCGAAUACAAGUUCCAUGACAGACAGAGGCUGCUAUACGUAAAACUACUCAAAAUAAUACUGUACCAGGGCCAAGCAGUACACAAAGCAAGUCAAAGCCAGUGGGGUCACGAGGCGUGACAGCCAUGCUGAGUACAGGUAAGAAACAGAAACCAUGUCCAUUUAAAUGUGACACUCACUCUUGGUUUUUCAUUGCUUUUGAAAAACCUGACAUCUAGUGGCCAGUAAUUAAUGUGCAUGCUAAUGUUACUUUUUUUUUUAUAAAAAUACACGUGCAUUAUUAUAAGAUAGCAUUAUACAUGUUGCAGAUCAGAGAUUUUCUGUCGUGGAUAAUUAUGUUACUUGAUUAUAAAUGGUCAGCUGUUUAAAGAUCCUAUUUCAAUAAUUCAUGAAUCUGAUGAAUUCACGGUUAUGCCAUGACAGCACUUUACUGUAUUUAUGCCCUUCUCUAACUGACUGUUUCUAGUGUUCAAUUUUUUCUCACUGGAUUGGUAAUGGACCAGAAAGCACUUCCAUUUUUAGUGUUGACCUUAAUGGAUUAGCUAAUAGCUUUUCUUACACUGCAGACAGUGUCAGUAAAAGUGCCUCUUCAUAAUCUUUCAUGUAUAGGCAAAAAAACAAAAACCUGACAUCUAGUGACCAAUAAUGUUAUAAUAAUGACGUGUCAUAGAUCUCUUUACUGUUGGCUUCUAUGUUGUUGUUUUUUUUAACAGCCGUGGCAAAAAGCAGGUGUCAGAAAUAAGAGGUAUAUGGUAAUGAGCUUGCCUUUUUUAUAAUUUAUUUAUUUUCAGUUAACUUGUCAUUAACAACAACAUUGUAAAUCAUUUGACUUCACAAGAAAUAAUUAAUAAGAAAUAUUCUGAUUCUGCAUCUGUGUGUGUUUUUUUGACAGCUAGAAAAUUGUGAUCCAACUGCAUUGAAAUAGUGUUCAGGGCCUUGGUUGUGUCUGACUUUCUACCAAGUUUCAGAUUGCUUAGUCAAAAUGUACUGCUGUAGUGGAAAUGGAUUUGAUCAACUUAGAAACGUGUGCUCUAACUGUUUAAAAUAGAUUCAGGACUUUGGUUGUAUCUGACUUUCUGCUAAGGUUCAGGAUAUUUCAUACACAGAAAUAGAUAACAUACAUUCAUACUUACAGAUAAAAUAUAUACAUUUUAUUCUCCAUUUUCAAUAAAAAUAUAACUUCUAAAUCUGCCAAAAUUGCCAAUUUGGGCAAUUUGAUACAAUUUGCAAAUGCAUAAAACUGAACAACAGAAUAAAUGCUUACAUUUUUUUUAAACUAAAAUAUUCUGAACUGCAACAUUACUUACUGUUUGUGUCCUUUUUUAAAUGUGUAAAACUGACAUGCAGCCCUGAUGUAGCUGAAAACCAAAGCUUGUCAAACGAUGGAAACAUUUGGAGAAAUCUCUUCUGAUUGCCUCUGAUUCUGCUCUGUAGCUAAGGAAUCAAUUUACAGUUCUGGUUGCUGAAAGAUUGUCCUAUUCUACAUACUGUGCAGCUCUCUGUCCAUGUGUGAAUAACAAACAAAAGAAAACAUAACAAUGUAACAAAUGAUCCACCUAAAUUACUACAUGAUGUACUUUAUUAUUAUUUAUUUCUUAGCAGACGUCCUUAUCCAGGGCGACUUACAAUUGUUACAAGAUAUCACAUUAUACAUUAUUUCACAUACAAUUACCCAUUUAUACAGUUGGGUUUUUACUGGAGCAAUCUAGGUAAAGUACCUUGCUCAAGGGUACAACAGCAGUGUCCCUCACUGGGGAUUGAACCCACAACCCGCCAGUCAAGAGUCCAGAGGCCUAACCACUACUCCACACUGCUGCCUACUGAAUGACUACUGCAUAUUUUCUUGAGUUACGAACCAAAUUACUACAGUAAGUGUUAAAUUUACCAAGUCAACACACCCGCGAUUCAAUUUGAGGAUUAAAGAGUAAGUUUAGAUUAAAAAGUAAAUAACUUCAAAUUAUUUUUUUAAUUUUUUUUUUUUUUACUGUGCCCUAACCUUUUUCUGAUGUUCGAUAUCAUACCGUGUGGUAAAAAGAAAAUGAAAUUUGAAGCUACUUACUAUUUAAUAAAAUAAUGGAAUGGCAUUUGUCAGCUUCAACACUAAAACUUUAGUCAGUGUUGUUGCAAACAAAUGAGCAAAUCAGACAGAAGCAUAAAGCUCAAAGCACAAGCUGCUAUAGAUAAACAUACAGAACACACAUAACAAAUAUUAAGAAAAAAUGACAGCCCCAAUGAUACGUAAUCCCCAGUAUUCCAGUUAGCCAAUAUUUCUUGUGCUAACAUCAAUAUCCCUCCAUCUCCCCCUUACAAGAAGCCAAAUAUCAUAUCAAUACAACGCUGUCAUUUCUAUGUCUUCCGUUGACAAUUGUAUUCACAAAUCUGUUCAAUAAAAUCA